AUGGGCAUUAACUCAAUCUACGGUGUAUUUCAGGAAUUUUAUACCUCACCAGAGACUAAUAUCGUAGACGCGCAAGGACAAGACGCGCUCGUGUCUCUGGUGGGUACGCUUGGGUACGGAUUGACAUGGGGAGGAGGGAUUUUUGUCAAUCCUCUAAUUGUUAGAGUGAAGAAUCUCAAGAUUAUCACUUUGACUGGAACGACCGUUAUGUCCCUGGGAUUGAUCUUGGCCAGCUUUAGUACAAGGCUCUGGCACCUAUUCCUUACGCAGGCAAUUAUGUACGGUCUGGGAGCAACGUUUCUCUAUUUCACUAUUAUGUCCCUUGCUCCGCAAUUCUACGACAGAAACCGUGGUUUUGCAAUGGGCUUCAUUCUGUCAGGAAUUGGAGUUGGUGGCCUGGUGCUUGCACCGACGAUUCAUGCGCUUAUCCAGAGUGUCGGCAUACGCUGGACAUUGCGGAUCCUUGGACUUUGGACAUUCGUCAUGAUGGCCCCCGUGGCAUGCGUCCCGCGCCAUCCGCCUGGUUUUGAAGCAAGGCGGCGUGGUGGGCCAGGCGGCACGAGACUGAAUGCUUCACUAUUGAAGAGGGGGACGUUCGUUGCUCAGUCUGUCGGAUGUUUCCUACAGGCAGCAGGAAAUAUCGUCCCAUUGUUUUAUCUGACCACAUUCUCCACCUCUGUGCUACAAUACUCGGCAUCAACAGGCUCGCUACUACUGGCAUUGAAUAAUGCAGUCAAUAGCGUGGCAAGAAUUCUUAUGGGCCUCCUUGCGGACCGCGUCGGUCGACAGAACACGCUUGUAAUAAGCGUACUCCUUUCUUCAAUUUCAGUGCUUGCCUUGUGGUAUAAUGCCUCACAAGCGCGUUUCAUUGCUUUCGUAGUCCUUUAUGGCGUCCUCGCAGGAGGAUAUAAUGCUCUUCUUCCAACUACGAUUUCAGAAGUGUACGGCAUACAGAACUACAAUGCUGUCAAUGGGUCAAUUUACUUCCUUCGUGGCCUUGGAGCAAUUGUUGGUCCGCCGAUCGCAGGUGCGAUCCUCGGAAGCCAUAGCCGUGGAACGGUUAUCUCUUCAACUUCCGGAAUUGGAAGCACUUCGCCUGCGUUAGCAGCCCUUGAAGAGAAAUACAAUGAUCUUGUUAUCUAUACGGGCAUGUUAUUAGUUGGUGCAAGCUUCUGUGUUGCCUACGUGCGGUGGGGAGAUGCAAAGGAGAAAGGAAAGUGGCAAUGGAAGGCAUAG